AGUCUACCACCUGGGGGCAGGUGCCCAGGUAUUUGGACCAUAUGCCGCUGGUUUCUCAGGUUUGUUAGUAGGGAGCUGAUUGGAGCCAGGGCUUGAACAGGCACUUCAACUAUGGGAUGCUGGCAUCAUAAGCAGUGUCUUAGCCUGCUGUGCCAUACACCAGCCCCCAAGAACCAAGGUUUCUUUCUCGCUCCUAAUCUGAUAUCAGCCAAGUAAAGGCCUUUUGCUCAUCCUCAGAGAGGUGUCACAGCCUUUUGUCACACUUGGUUCACGGGGUGUGGUGAUAGAUAGUCUGCUCGUGUGUUGCACGUGUUUUAUGAACUGUUGGAAGCCCUCGUACCCUGCUAAAGUCUGCUGGGGGCCAUGUGCUAACGGGGCAGACCUGCAGAACCAGUGACAGCCAGGUUACUCAUCACCAGAGAGAGUCUACACAAUGUCACUUUAGCCGGGCAACCAGACACGAAACACCACCCUUCCCCCUGCCCUUCAGGGGACACAGGCACAGCCCCCUGGGUGGCCACCCCUGGUCACAGUGCCUGAGCUGGAUGAGCUCAUAAUGCAGGUAGCGUCCAUGCCAGGGCUCUGCCGGGCAGGAGACACAGCUACCAGGAAGAGCUCGCUCCCCUGGAGGCUUCCACUGGGGGCUGUGAAUGCCAGGAUGGUGCAAGCCCUCUCUCCUGGGAAGAGAGCCUGUGUCCAAGAUGGAGUCCAAGAGACAGAGAGCACCCUCAGAUCCCAUGAGAUCCCUCAGUGUCUGCGGAUCUUUUCCAGCCCACAAACACAGACGUCCCAGUUUUCCAUUCCUGAAACAUCGAUAUGGUCUGAUAGAUUUAGAGGCACCGGUGCUUGGCGGGUAGCAAGGAAGACUUUGGUGAAGCAGGAGGAGGCUGAAGCCACAGACCGUGUUCAGGAAGUGACGCUCCUGCUUCACCGAGCGUGCACAGCAGCCCCGGCAGCCACGAGGGGCAGCUCAGCAAGGCCACCAAGGGCCCAGGGUGCCCCACACCCUGUGCCUCUGCUUUGCCCAGAGCCUGGUCUGCUGAGGAGCCAUGGACGCGUCCACCUAAGCUGGACCUGUGCUUGUCCCUGGACCAUGAGGACCACCAGGGAGCAGAGAGAUGGAGAUCUUCCUUCUGCUGGCUCAUUCCCCAAAUGCCUGCAACAGCUGGGGCUGGGCCAGGCGGAAGCCCAGACCCGAGAAUUCACUCCAGGUCUCCCAUGUGGGAAGCAGGGACCCAUCUACUUGAAGAUGUACAAAGUGAGACGCACCUGCGCUGUGCCUAAACAAAGGCAUCUCGUACACAUUCACGCUGCACUGUGGUGUGUGGCUACCACUGAUACCUGUGGCAUGCUGUACUGUUAACUGUAUACAGCUGAGGAGUGGUGCUGGCGUGUGAGUUAACCCGUUGCCAAUGCAGAGGUGCUACAAGGGACCUGCCUAUGCUCAGUGCCGUCCUGGGAUGCUGACUAUCACUGAUGAAGAACAGGUCAAGGCAUUUGCUUCCAGACGGGACCAGAGGCCUGUUGUUUAUCUGUCCAUACAAUAUCCUAGGAAGCACAAAGGACCCUUUAGGAUGACCUCUCCCUUUCGGGGGCUUACUGAGUGCUGAAACGGGAAGGUCUUCUCCGUCUUCACAACAGAGCCAGCUCUAGCCCCUUGCUGCUAAUGCCCACCUGGAGAUGACAGCACCAUCAAGGGAUCCUUUGCUGAACUGUGUUUCUCCAAGGCCUGAAAUUUCAUUGUAUUUGGUUUCCUCUGGUAAGCACAUGGGAAAGCAGGAAGUAAGUACUUUGGUGUAUCAUGUGCUGACUGAAUCCCCAGGAGAAGCCACCACUACGCCUUCAGUCCCCUCCCCUCCACCUCGGGGAAAUGUAUCUUCAGGAUCACAACUAAUUAGCUACAGGUCUGCAGAAUCCUUGUGUUUCAGGAGAAAACAAGAAUCUAAGCGAACUGUACUUUAAGGAAGGGGUUUUAUGGAACCCACAUUUCCUGUCUACUCUCCUUCGACUUUCUGGCUGCAAAAUGGAUACAACUCACGCACAAAGAUGCGAUUCAUGAACCAGUGUGUUUUCUCUAACUAUGGAGAGGCGGUUGUGGGGAGCAACUCGGACUAGACUAAGUUACUGGAAUUAAGACUUAUUCUAUGCAUCUGCUCUCCCACAAUAUGGCGCUGGGAGAGGAGGAAACAGCUUCUACGCAGCUGCCUCUUGCCAACUUGAGUGAUGACCUCCAGGAGCUGAUCCUGCUCCUGAUUGGAGGAGAGCAGCGUACUCGGCGUGUGGGCAGCCGAGUUGGGAUUGGCGGAAGAGGACUAUAAAGGAGGAGAGAGACAACAUGCACCAGGAACAUCUGAAGGAACACCUGAGCAGCCCCCGAGAGAGCCGGCCGGCGGUGUGCCGCUCCCCCGCGGAAGUGGGGAAAGUGGCUAGGGGGAACCGCCCUUCCACGGAGGUGGAAGGGUCAGUAGCCAACCCGGGAAGAACCAGCAGCAAACCCGGGGAGGGCCGAGCAGACAAAAGAACAGCGCAGGGUCCUGUGUCGUUCCUCCACGAAGACGGGGAGCGACAGCGGUAACCUUUGAGAUCAAGUACCUGUGCUUCCAGUUGUACCACUGUGAUCCUGGAGGGGAAACAGCAAACUGUCUGGGACUCUGGUGUCUGCAUCGACACAGCUCUGGCUAUUAAGUAAAACAUCAAGUGGCGACUUAAAGGCCUAAAGAGUGAUUUACUCAAGAGGGCAUGUCUGUUCUCACUUAAGUCGGUUUCCAUUGUCUUCAGGAAUCAUCUGUACUUGGGCCCCUGCAUCCAUGUGGGAGACCCAGAAGCAGGUAUUGGCUUUGGCCUGCCCCAGCCAGGUCAUUGUGGCCAUUCUGUGGGAGUGAAUCAGUGGAGGGAAGAUCUGUCUCUCCUUCUCUUUAACUCUGUAUUUCAAAUCAAUAAAUCUUUCAAAAAAAAAAAAAAAAAGAGAAUUAUCUGUGAAAUCACUGGGUGAGCAAACCCCUCCUCCCAGUAUACUAAACAAGUCAGCACUUGCCUGACUGGUCACAACCCACACAUCUCUUCCAUAGUCUGUAUUGUGAUUAAGUGUAUAACGGAACACAUGCACGUUUGGAUCAUUUUCUAUGUUCCAUCUAAUACUAUGUUGUCAAUAUCUACCAUUCAGAUCAAUACUGAAGAAAAAAGUGUGUUCUACCAAGAAAAGUGGAAAGAGAUCCUCUCUUAUGACAACAUAUGGAGGCUGGUGCUGUGCCAGCCUCCCAUAUGGGUGACAGUUCGAGUCCUGGCUGCUCCACUUCUGAUCCAGCUCUCUGCUAUGGCCUGGGAAAGCAGUAGAAGGUGCCCAAGUCCUUCGGCCCCUCCUGCAUCUGUGUGGCAGACCUGGAGGAAGCUCCUUACUUCUGGUUUCGGAUCAGCUCAACUCCAGCAGUUGUGGCCACUUGGGGAGUGAACCAGUGGAUGGAGGACCUCUCUCUCUGCCUCUCCUCUCUCUGUGUAACUCUGACUUUUAAAUAAAUAAUAAAUCUUUAAAAAAGAAACACAACACAUAUACACUUCUGAACUUUUUUUUUUAAGAUUUAUUUAUUUAUUUGAAAGGCAGAAUGAGAGGAGGGGCAGGGGAGAGAGUGAGAACAAGAGGUCUUCCAUCUGCUGGUUCAUUCUCCAAAUGCUCCCUAAAGCUGAGGCUGGGCCAGGCCAAAGCCAGGAGCCAGAAACUCCAUCUGGGUUCCCUGCAAGGGCAGGAAGAAUGUAAGCACUUGGACCAUCAUCACUGCUUCUCAGGCACAUCAGCAGGGAGCUGGAUCGGAAGCACAGAGGAGCUGAAACUCAAACUAGGCACUCCAACACAGAGUGAGAGUGUUCCAAGCAGUAGCUUAACCUGCUGUGCCACAUUGCUCACCUGGGCCCACUUCUGCUCUACUUCAGCUGAACUACGUGGUUAUAGGCCAAAGUUUCUGAUAAAAUGAUCACUUCACAGUCAAGUAGGUUUUAUGAAUAUGCCACAUAGAACUUACUAUAGUGUAUUCUAAUUUUUCUUAACAAAAAUGGACACAAGGCAAAAUGAAAAAAAUUUUAUUUCCUGUGUUUUAUCCACUGUCAAUACUGUAUUUUUGAUGCAAUAUAUUUGCCAAAAAGAAAAACCCAGCUUUUGUUUUCCAUUUUAAACAACUACAAUAUUUACAAGCUGUUUAGAGUAACACUCAGACGCACACACACUCACAGACACGCGCGAGUACAUGGAUCCUCACCUCCGGUUUAUACUGAAUGCUGGUAAAGGCAAUGAAGACUUUCCGGAGCCCAUGAUCAGAAAAAGGAAACCCAUUUUUCUUCCCCACACCUACUUUCCAAGAGUCAGUUUAAAUUCUUCCUUCCAUUUCCUCAUGCAGAGCUCACUGCCAGACUUGCGUAAGGUUAACAUAGUUUUUACAGUUUACUUCAACUAUAAGCUUAUAAAAUGCAUAAGCAGACAUGAUCUCACCCCCCCCACCACCACCACCCUGUUUCUUUUAUUUUGGUGUAGAAUCAAGCUUCAUAUAUAAAAAAUCUUGUUCAACCACAAGUACAUAAACCAAGAGUCAUCUGGAGCAGCCAUCUCAUUCUCUCCCAUGUCUCUCUCUUAAUUCCAGGUGUCUCCUCACCCAGGCAGUAACACUCAGGAACUCCUCCCUAUCUCGGUGUUAGACAACCUUUGUUCCUUCUAGCGUGGCUCCACUGAAUCACAGAUGGUCAGGACAGAGCUGAGGCAUAAGAAGAAAGGUAUAACCCUAUAUAAUAGGUAUGAGUCUGAGAACAAAGUUGUCAUAUAACCUUGCACUGACAAUCAGCUCUAGUUGCCCCCAAAAAUGUUAUGCUGGUUCUACAAAAUGGUAGAUAACAAAUCAUAAAUAGUUGUCUUAAUUCAGAAAGAAUAUGUGGCUUAUAGGCAAUAAAGAAAAAUAAUUACAUGUUAAUUCUUGACAGAUAACUCAGGUGAGGUGUUUCAAAGCAGAAAAUACAAUUCUGUUUCAAACAAUUAAUACUCCACUCAUAUCCUAUCAGGCUUAUUUGUAUAAUAAUUUCUUCCAAUCUCAGUCCUUACCUAAAUAUGUUAACAGGUUAAAAAUGAGAAGGCUUGUAUAUAUAUCAACCAAAUUGUUUUUCAAGAAGAGAAAUGGAAAAAAAAAGGGGGGGGGGAUGGCUUUCUAAUGCCUGAUAAUAAUAAAAAAAAGCUACACAUAUCUACUUUUCCUCUUUCUCCAGAUCAGUAAAACCCAAUAUCUACAAAAGACUUAACCAGAAGGCUCAAAGCCCAUUAACAGGUUACCACCUUCGCCUUGAUUGACAAUAUUGUCUCAUUUUGGAAUGAAAAGAAAAGGCUCUAGAAUAAAAAGGGAUAUUUUAUACCUCAUCUGAACAGUGUAUCAUUUCAAAAGAAAAAGCUAACAGGGUGUACGUGCAUACAAAAUAACUUCAUAUGAAUAUGUUGAAAUACAAAAAAGAAUGAGAAUGAACACUGCUGAGGACUUAAAAUAACCCAGAAAGGGCUUGUCCAUGUUCAUGGGAAAGCAAUUAAAUAUUAAAAUUAGUUAACAGUCUAGGCAGCAGUUGAUGAUUUAGCAGCUAGUAAACAUAAAUCCAAGAAUUCUCACACAAAACUACCACUAUCAUCUUUUUCUCAAGUCCAAGGUAAAUUUAGGAGGAAGGAUGAGUGAAAAAUUAGCUACAAGAAAAAGACCGCUUUAGACACUGGGCGGGUCCUGAGCAGAGAAGACCCAGUCCUGGACGAACGACUCGGGACAUCAGUCUCCGGUCUGUAGGCAGGAGCAGGAGGCCGCUCAGAUGGGAGCUGUUCUUUCAUGUUCUCGUGUGAGAGGGAAAGCAACCCGGAGAGAAAACCACAUCUCCUUACUGAGCUCCAGUUUCCUGUGUAAAGCCCUGUGCUUUCACUGCCUUAUGUUUAGUACACAGAGUAGUUUUCCAUACCUCACUUGGGACAGAAAUGUUGUCUAUUUCUGUUUCAACAAUCAGUAGAAGUAUUUCAGAUGUCCUUGAUAUAGUUCAAAUCUAAUGGAAUCUAAUCCUCCAGUAACAGAAACCCAUAGAAAGGAGAACCUAAACUUGUUCUCUAAUUUCCUGCAAGGCAAAUAUCUCCUCUUACUGUGAAAUACACAAAGCGGGCCUCACCACACACUCUCCUACCUUUCUUAAACAUCAACAUCCUGCGUUCAUCUAGAUCUUGGGAAAAAUUAAAGUUCUUUAGCAAAAAGUCAACAUUUGGAGUCUUAAAAAUGUUGAAAAUGAUGUAAAAACCAGGGUUAUACCAAGGUAUGAGGUGAAAGGUUAACCAAAAACUUAGUGCAGAGCGACUUACAACUCAUUCCAGGACUGCCCUUCCUCAAAACUGGGUUGGGGGUGGGGCCAAAUCAAACAAGGAGAAACAAAGAUUUCAAUCACGCAGCUCUUAUUUAAAAGGAAAUAAAAAGCUAGUGUUUUAAUUACAUUUUUUUUUUCAAAUUAGGGAACUCUGAAAGCCUUGGCAGUUAUGAACUAAAGAUGAAAAAGGUCAAGCAAAGAAUCUAAACAAAUGACUCAGUAUUCUGGGGGUUAGAGUAGGGCAGGGAUAAGACAUUUAUGAGCAAUUUAAUUAGUGAAAGUGUGCUUAUUUCUAUAUAAUAAUUUAGAUCAAAUUAAGACAUGAAUCGUUCUUCAAUUUCCCUCAGUGUAAUUAGAAAAGUAAUAUGACUUCAGAGUCAAUAUGUUUAACAACUCUCGUCCUUCUGAGUGAGUUCCAAUUUUUUAUUUCUCUUUGGGAAAAUGAAUUAUCUUCCACCUAAGAUGGCAAAUAAUCUGCUUCUCUCUUUCCACUGAGGCAAUGACCAUGAAAAAAAUCAUAUUCAUCUCAGAAAGGGAACAAGCAGCAGGAAGCAUAAUUCCUUUGAGAAAAUCUAGACUACCUAUAGACAAAUAGAUGACAGAUAGACAGCUCAUACAUUCAGUGUUAGAAAAAAGAAAACCAACACUGAACUUUGAUGGUAUGCUGUAGAUUUGCCCAAAUGAGGCAAAUACAGAACAUAAUGAUACUAUUAGGGAUAUACAUGUUAAAGUGGUCAAUUUAGAAAGGAUAUCUUUGUGUAGAGGUUCAGUAAAUCAUUCGAAAAUAUCUUUACACAGUAAAUUUUGCAAAGUGUGAAGUCUACAGAAAUGUCAACACAAGGCACACUGGGUUCUAAAUGAACACCAACUUUAAAA